CAUUAUAAAGUGAUACCCUAUUUAUUAGAAUCUAGACGAGGCCUAAUUUUGAGUUCAAAAUAUAUGGUUUUCUAUAAUUUUUUUAACUAUAAAUAUAAGCUAUAAAUGUAUAUUACUUUGUAUCUUCAUACAAUAACCAGACAGGUUGAAAAGUAGGCAUAGUUUCUUGGUAAAAUGAUCCUGACGUCUCGACGUGCUUUAUCUACGAAUCGUGAAAUUAUCCAAAUCGAAUCUUCAUUCUUGUCACACUACAUAAGAAUAGCCUUCAUUGACUAAAUUAGUCUACAUCUACAUUAGACUCUGGAUCGUUGGUCAAUCAUAAUAUUGUGUUUUAACUUUGUUAACAGCGUUUCAAAGUAACCCCAAAGUCAACCUUUUUCUACUCAUGCUUUUAAGCUAAACUAAGAAUGUUUAGCCUACAACUUAAAAGUGGCAUCAAUCUAAGUAGUAGUUUUCCCUACUAACUUAAGAAAUAGGCCUAGCCCUUCCUGUGUUUCCCUUAGAAGUGAUGUAACUUACAUUUUUUUAUAGCUAGGUGUAACUUUAAUAAAAUAAAAUGACUUCAGGAUCAGCUACAGGUAACCCAAGAAAUAAAGUGGCGUUAAAGCCUGGACAUUCUUUGAUGGAUUGGAUUCGCCUCGGAAACUCAGGGAAAGACUUGACAGGGACGGGUGGAGCCUACCUUAGUGUGACAAAGGCACAGUUGGCCCAACAUAACAAACCUGAUGAUGCUUGGCUUUCGAUUAGAGGCAAAGUAUACAAUGUGACAAGUUAUAUGGACUUCCAUCCCGGAGGACCGGAAGAGCUGAUGAAAGGAGUUGGCACUGAUGCUACUAAAAUAUUUAACGAUGUGCAUGCGUGGGUCAACUACGAGUCUAUACUACAAAAAUGUGUGGUUGGACAGCUCAAACCAGCGUGUGACGAAGACAUCGAUAUAACAGCAUCUCUCUCUCCUCCAGGCACUCCUACGAAUCAACUACAGGUCAAAUCUGCAGCCAGUUUACCAAAUGGAACUGCUCAGAAUAGACCUUUUCAGAUGGAUUGGUUCCAACAAGUUGGUUCAAUAUGUCUGGUUUUCUAUACAAAAGUCCCAAGCCCUGAUGUACAUAUUCAGCUGGAAGGAGACAGUUUGCUCUGUCUCAGGAUAAACAACAAGAAUCAACACUUGCGGUUGGAGUCCUCGGUCAGUUGGCCUUGCGGGGUCACAACCGACGCUGCUGGCAAAGUUCAGCUGCGAUUGAAGAAACUAAAACCUGGCCUGUGGUCUCGCUUUGGCUCUUUUGAACCUUCCACAAAGGACAUUGCAGAGUUUUGGGAAGCGUCUGUGAUUAAUAUUGUGACUGUAACGCACAACACGUACCAGAUUGAUUUUGCGUACACGGAAAAUGUAUACAACCACAUCCCGGUCGGUCAUCAUGUCACCGUCAAGGCUGUGGUUAAUGAAGGUGAAGAAGCAGUGCUCCGUCCCUACACUCCUGUAACGAGUCUGGCUGGUAUCAAUAUUCCUCCAGUGAACACAGUGCGUCUGCUAGUCAAGAGGUACUCGGAGGGUCGUCUGAGUGCUUGGUUGACCUCUCGACCUCUGGGCGCUCGAGUGUCGCUCAGUAUACCUCAGGGAAGCUUCUCCUUGACCCCUCUCCGAGGCAAGACGGACCUAGUUCUGGUCGCGGCUGGAACAGGCAUCACACCCAUGGUGUCCCUUAUAACAUGGGCACUGAGAUCCACCAGAUUAAAAGUUUGCCUGAUAUUUUUCAAUAAAACUGAGAAAGAUAUAAUCUGGAGAGAACAUUUAGACAAACUUGCAGAAGAAAACUCAAGGUUUAUUGUCGACUACGUCUUAUCAGAGCCUGAUACCAAAUGGACAAACAAGACUGGACAUGUUAGUAUCUCCCUACUUCAACCCCAUCUCCCAGCAUGCUCUGCUGACAUCCCUAACUCAACUUACGUCUGCGUUUGUGGACCGACGUCUUUCACUCGACUAACCGAGAGGUGCCUAAAAGAAGACUUUGGUUUUACUGUAAACGACUACUACUGUUUCCUGGGCCAAUAAACUUAAACUACAGAAAUUUUAACACAUAGAAAGUACAGAUAUUUUUUAAACAGUUGAUUUAUACUUACUUAAGUAGGAAAAUAUAUUUAUAUACAAUCUUUUACCUAUUUGAUGCACUUUGUACUUCUCCUAACACUG